AUGGCUAAACAUGCUUUUAGCAAGGAGUCAGACGAAUGCACUGAGAAGUGUCAAGUGCACAAAAAGGAAGUAAUUAAAUUUUUCUGCCCAAAACACGAAGCUCUCGGCUGCAACGAUUGUAUCGUCCUGAAUCACAGAGCAUGUGACAUUGACUAUAUACAUAAGAAAUGUGCAGAGAUAUAUGAUCGCUUAGACCAGCUACAAAAGCAAAUCCGGACAGAAGCUGACAAAAAGAAAUCCACAGAUAAACAAGCAGUAAAGAAAGUGCUUGAAACAUAUACAACCACUUCUUCAGAUAUCAAACAACUACAGUCAAGACUACAAGAUUACAAAGCCUCACAGCAGAAUGGACAACUUUACAUUACAAUGAAACAAACCAAAUCCAAACUAAAGUCAGACGAAAUAAAGGAGGCAGACAGAAGCUUAGAAAAGACAAACAUGCAAUACACAUUUGAGCAAAACCAAGACCUGAAAAACAUGCUUUCAAGACAAGAUGUAUUUGGAAAACUCUCUCUGUCGUCCUCUUGUAACUUCAAAGGGAGGAAACCCAUCAACAAAUUAACCCGCAAAGAAAACAUAAAGGUAAAGACGAAAUCAGAUCGGAAGGAAUGCUGUAUCACAGGAUGUGUUGUCCUGUCCUCAAACAAACUUUUGGCGGCUGACUACUACAAUGGGAAACUAAAAGUUGUUGACAUAAAAAACAAAGCUAUAAGAGAAGAGACAACACUUUCUUCAAAAUCAUGGGACAUUGCAGUAAUGCCUCAGGACCAUAUUGCUGUGACAAUGCCAGACAAGAAAGAGAUCCUUAUAAUGACUGGCCGCAAGUUUCCAGUUAAAGGAGAAUGUAAAGAUACACAAGGUAACGUACCGAACACAAUUAAACUGGAUGAUAAGAUAUUUAGCAUACCAUUCUCCUUACUGCUGAGUAAGGAUCUGAGACAUAUUUUCAUCAGUGACUAUGGUAGCGACAGUGUCUUCAGUAUAACAUUACAAGGUGAUAUAUCUGCUGAUUACAAAAACAAAGACUAUAUAUCACCAAUGGGAAUGAUGAUGUUAGACGAUGGAUCCUUGCUG